AGAAGAGUCCAGCUGCACGGUUCCCCGCUGGCACGGAAGAGACGUCCACGGAGCCUGCGGGCGCGGAAAGCGAGUGCCAUAGCCAUGCUACGCAGCCUGGCCCGGGCCGCGGUCCCGGGGCUCAGGGUGCCCUGGGCUCAGUGGUCUAGGAAUUGGGCGGGGGUCCCAGCCCACGUGGUGGACCUGCGCAGCGACACGGUGACUCGGCCAGGGCCGGCCAUGAGGCGCGCUAUGGCCGAAGCGGUUGUAGGAGACGAUGAUUACGGCGAAGACCCUACGGUCCACGGUGAGCCGGGCGAACAGGCCCGGAGCAGGGGUCGUUGCUGUGACCUCUGAACGCUGUCCACGGUGCUGACAGGGCAGCACAGACGCAGAGGGGUGCCUUGCCUGGCCUUUGAGGAAGCACCCGUAGGCUAAGUGGUGCACUCUGUGUUCUUGUGCGUUCUCGUUCGUUCUCGGGGAGAUCCUUGGUAAUGCAGCCUCUUGAGCUCCACACUGAACUCGGGGAGCCAGAAUCUGCAUUUUAACCAGACCACCGGGUAGUUUCUAUCCACUGUCACUCAGUUGCCCAGAUGGAUGUUGUCCAGGCUUGCAAAGCAAGCCACUCCCCCCAACACCUCCACUCCCCACCCCCGAUGGCCAGAGAGGAGCUCAAGGACCCACAUCAGGAGCAAGGAAGAACCGGAUUUGAGGCAGGUCUGACUGCAAUGAGGCAGAACUACUCUCUUUCUUCACAAAGACAAAACCAAUCUAGCAAAGAAAGUGCUUGCUGCUCCUUCCCAGGGGGACAGAAUUUCAUAAUCUAGGGAGUGCUUUAAGGAGACAGCAAACCAAAGCCCACUCGGGGUCAAUAACCACUGCUAAAGUGGCCCUCUAGUGCUGCUGGGUAUGUACAUCUUCAGCCGGUCCAGAGAUAAACCACCGAUCACCACCUGACCCCUGGAGGCCUGUUUGUGGGCCCAGGGAUCACUGGGGCUGAUCUAGAAUCUUUCGACAAGGCUGUUACCAGGAACUUCAAAGCUGCUGAGCUACACCGCUCAGCAGGCACCUGGUGUAAACAGGUCACCACAUCAAGGCAGGGAGGCACUGGCCUUGACAGGAAUCUGAGGAGGGUGAACCAGGGCCUGGAAGGAGGAGAGAGCAGAACUCUUAAAGGGUGAGCAGCACCCAGGACUCAGGGAGACACCGGUGUGUGUCCUCUGGGGACGGAAUCUAGAUCACUUCAGCACUGAGCGUCACGCCACAGACAGGAAAGCCACCAUGGGCGUUACACAGGCCAUUUGCUCACCCACCAGCUGCACUCUUUGUGCCCUGCCAGUUCCCCAGAGGCUCUUCUUCUGUGGUGAUGUGCAGAGGAAGUCUGCAGGGAAACCACAAGGCCUCACCUGCCGGGGCUGAUGGGAAAGGAAGAAAAACAGGUGUGAGGUCUGGAUGGGAAAGGGGGUUCAAACCACAAGAGAGUUUCAGUGGCCUGGGGUGGGGACUGCAGCCCAGGAGGAUCGACAGAGGGGCCUCUGGACAUGACAGGUGGUUACCAAGAUCACUGACUAAGGGAUGGCAGAUGGACUCCGAGCCCCGCCCAUGGGACCAUCAGUUCUCCUCUGAACAAAUGUACUUUUUAGGAGAGAAGUGCUUAAGACAAGAGUCUUGCUGUGUAGCUCAGGCCGCCCUCCAACUCAGUUAUCCCCCUGCUUCAGCAGAGUACUGGAACCACAAGUCUAUCCUAUCCUCAUACCCUGUAACAAGUUUGCACAAGGAACUGUACCAGGGUACAGUGGCCCAAGAAAUUGCUGAUUCUUGCCCUACCCACCCCCUCCCUUCUCAGAACUGCAGGAAAAGGCUGCAAAAGUGCUUGGGGUGGAGAGGACUCUGUUUGUGCCCACCAACACCAUGGCCAACCUCAUCUCUGAUCGCUGGGGUGCAUUCCCACCCCCUCCCAGACCUCCCUCACGGCACCUUGGACCUGAAUGAGCUAGAGAGGGCGCUCGCCCGAGGCUUUGGGAGCUCCUACCAUCCAGUCUGCGAGCUUGUGUGCCUGGAGAACACGCACAGCAGCGCGGGAGGCCGGGUGCUCUCCAUCGACUACCUCCGCCAGGUGCGUCUCCUGGCUCAUGCCCACGGGGCGAGGGUCCACCUGGAUGGGGCUCGGUUGAUGAAUGCAGCCGUGGCUCUGCGUGUGCCCCCCGCACGCCUCGUAGAGCACUGUGACUCCGUAUCCUUCUGUUUCUCUAAGGGCCUCGGUGCACCAGUGGGGGCUCUGGUUGGGGGACCCAAGGACUUCAUUGAAGAAGCAUGGCGCCUCCGCAAGGCCCUGGGUGGAGGCAUGCGCCAGGCAGGAGUGCUGGCUGCGGCUGCCCUGGUGGGACUGGCUGAGGCAGAGGAGGUGCUGCUGAGGGACCAUGAGAAUGCCCAGAGAUUUGCUAAAGGACUCCAAGACCUGGCGUCACCCAUUUGCUCUGUGGAUCCUGCCACUGUGGAGACCAACAUGGUGCUGGUGCGGGUGGCUGGGCUGCCUCCCUCAGAGCUGUGCCAGCAUCUACAGGCUGUGAGUGCCGAGGAAGUGGCUCAGACCGGCCAUGCCGUGCGCGUGCUGCUGUUUCCCUGGACAGAACAGUCUGUGAGGGCCGUGUGGCACCGAGAUGUGUCUGCCCAGGAUAUGGAACUGGCACUGAAGAAGUGGGAGUUUGUGCUGAGACAGCUGAGGCCCUGAGACCAGGGGAUCAGGGACCAGGUGCUAUGUUUGAAGUGGGCAGUGACAGGCCUCAAGCUGUUAGCCUGAUGAAGGAAGGCUCCUCCUCUUUGGAGGCUGAUGACAUCACUCAGCCUCUGGUUUGCUCCAGUGACUCUCCGGUGCUGGCCUCAUGCAGUCAGGAAUAAUCAGGCAGAGCUAUAACCAGGCAGAGCUAGGACUGAAUAUCCAGAGGAGGAAGUGGAUAAAGGAGACAGGUCCUGGGGCUGGGCGGUAUGGCAUGGCCACCUAGUGUGCAUAAGCCCUGGGCUCAACCCCCAGCACUGUGGGUUCCAUCCCCAGCAGGUGUGUUGGAAUCCUAGUGUGCCUGGGGAUUAGACAUUCAAGGCCAUUUUCAGCUACACAGUUUGGUGCAAGCCUGGGCUACACGGGACCCUGUCUUCAAGCAAACAGCUCCUUAGUGAUUGACAUGGUGGAAUUAUUAGAGGUGGAUUACAAAAUAAAAUAUUGAAGGCACUGUA